AUGGCCAAGGAUGCAGGUUUAGGACUCGAAACUGAGCUAACAUUGGCGCUUCCCGGAGGAGGUGGUGGUGACCCUAAUGGUUCAAUGGAAACAAAACAGAAGAAAAGGGUGUUUUAUGAAUUUUCCGGUGAAGAGUCGACAAAGGUGGCGAUCAAGAAUCAAGUGGUGGGGUGGCCACCAGUAUGUUCUUACCGGCUGAAGAAUAGCUUUAGUGGGGAAGAGGGAACAAAAAUCUACGUGAAAGUUAGCAUGGAUGGUGCUCCUUUUCUACGCAAGAUUGAUUUGAGUACACAUGAGGAUUAUUCUGGUCUUCUCAUGGCUCUUGAAAAACUCUUUGGCUGCUAUGGCAUUGGUGAACGAGACAAUAGUGAAUACAUUCCAAUAUACGAGGACAAAGAUGGCGACUGGAUGCUUGUUGGAGAUGUCCCAUGGCAGAUGUUUAGUGGAUCAUGCAAAAGGCUAAGAAUCAUGAAGAGGUUGGAUGCUAAGGGCAUAAAGCUUCAUGCAGAAGACCUUCUCAAGGGCAUUUCAAUGGAGGCAUGA